UCUCCAUAGAGGCAUAAUAUCAAAAGAGCCGGAAAUGGCAAUUCGAAGGCUUUCGCAGCUUGUCUUACUCCUUCCUAUUCUCUUAGUUCUCUCCGUUUCUGCUGGUACAGUCUCAGCUUCAUCAUCAACUCCUGAAGACUUUGUUUCAUGUCUUCUAAGCCAUGCUCUCCCUUCUCACCCAAUCGGUCCAGCAAUUUACACUCCCAACAAUGCUUCUUACUCUUCCGUUUUGGAAUCCUACAUCCGAAACCUUCGUUUCAAUGAAUCAUAUACCCGAAAACCCUACCUUAUCAUCACCGCAUUGCACGUAUCGCAUGUGCAACAAGCCAUCCUUUGUGCUCAAAAACACAACUUACAAAUGAAAAUUAGAAGCGGAGGCCACGAUUACGAGGGUGUGUCGUAUGUGGCUGAAGUUCCAUUCUUCAUUCUUGACCUGUUCAAUCUCCGGACCAUCGACGUAGACAUCACAAGCGAGACUGCCUGGGUGCAGGCCGGUGCCACUCUCGGUGAAGUUUACUACAGAAUAUACGAGAAAAGCAAAGUGCAUGGAUUUCCAGCCGGAGUUUGCCCCACAGUCGGAGUUGGAGGACACUUUAGCGGCGGUGGAUAUGGUAACAUGAUGAGAAAGUACGGGUUAUCAGUUGACAACAUCGUCGAUGCACAAAUAAUCGAUGUGCAUGGAAGACUUCUUGAUCGAAAAUCGAUGGGAGAAGACCUGUUUUGGGCCAUCAACGGAGGCGGUGGAGCCAGCUUUGGAGUUGUGAUCGCGUACAAGAUAAAUCUUGUACCCGUCCCGGAGACUGUUACUGUUUUCAGGGUAAUAAGAACCUUGGAACAAAACGCAACCGACAUUGUGUACCGGUGGCAAUAUGUCGCACAUAAGCUUGACAAUGACUUGUUCAUCAGGCUCACCAUGGAUGUUGUCAAUGCAACUGGCUCUCAAAUUGGAGAAAAGACUCUGAGAGCUACAUUCAACGCCUUGUUUCUGGGAGACUCAGCGAGACUACUCUCUGUGAUGAACAAGAGUUUCCCUGAGCUGGGUUUGACGCAAUCCGAUUGCCAAGAAAUGAGUUGGGUUGAAUCCACGCUUUUCUGGACAAGCUUCCCGAACGGGAAAGCUCCUGAGGCUUUGCUUUCUAGAGUUCCUCAAGUACUUACCCAUUUGAAGAGGAAAUCGGACUACGUCAAGCAGCCAAUUCCGAAAGCUGGUUUGAAAUGGAUUUUUCAGAAAAUGAUCGAGUUGCAGACACCCAUGCUGACUUUUAAUCCUUACGGCGGAAGAAUGGCUGAGAUUGCAGCAACUGCAAAGCCCUUUCCACAUAGAGCUGGGAAUCUCUGGAAGAUUCAGUAUGCAACUAACUGGGACGCCUCUGGGUCCGAGGCUGCAGAGAAAUAUAUCGAUUUGACGAGGAAGUUGUUUGAGUACAUGACUCCUUUCGUUUCCAAGAACCCGAGGGAAGCCUUCUUCAACUAUAAAGAUCUUGACAUUGGGAUCAACCAUAAUGACAAGGGAAGCUAUUUUGAGGGAAGAGUUUUCGGGGUCAAGUAUUUCAAGGAAAAUUUCGAUAAAUUGGUGCUUAUUAAGACCAAGGUUGAUCCAGGCAACUUCUUUAGAAAUGAACAAAGUAUCCCUACUCUUCCGUACUAGAGGAAAUGGCUAGCUAACAGCAAGCUUGCAUUCAUGGGAUGGUGAUCGAAACAAUAACGUUUUAGCUGUGUUGUUUGUUUAAUUUGUAGUAUAUAUCAAGAUUAAUCUGAGCUAUUUGAUUAAUAGUUUCGGAUGUAUAUAAUCAAUUUUAUGCAGUAUACCUUUUGUUUUAAUAAACAAUCAAUAAAUGUUAAAUCAAAGUG